GUGAAUGGAGGCACCAUGAACAUUUGGGAAGUGAUCCUGGCUUUCUUGAUUGUGGUGCUCAUCCUUGUAUCGUUGCUGUCCAAUGUGUUGGUGCUGAUCUGCUUUCUGUAUAGUGCAGAUAUCCGCAAGCAAGUCCCGGGAUUGUUUAUCCUCAACCUGACCUUCUGCAACUUGUUGAUGACUGCUUUGAACAUGCCUCUCACUCUGGCUGGGAUCAUUUACAAGAAACCACCUGGAGGAGAACAGCUUUGCCACAUAGUGGGGUUUUUAGAGACUUUCUUGACUACCAAUUCCAUGCUGAGCAUGGCAGCUCUCAGCAUUGACCGGUGGAUAGCAGUGGUAUUUCCUCUAAACUACCAUUCCAAGAUGCGUUACAAAGAUGCUGCCCUCAUUCUGAGCUACACGUGGUUACACUCAGUAUCUUUUCCAAUUGUGGCAACUUCUCUUUCUUGGGUAGGAUUCCACCACCUUUAUGCCUCUUGCACCCUGUACAACAAGAGACUGGAGGACAGGACCCAGUUUAUGAUUUUCACAGGAAUCUUUCAUUCCUUUAGCUUUCUCCUCUCUCUCAUAGUCUUGUGUUUCACAUAUCUGAAAGUGCUGAAGGUGGCACGCUUUCACUGUAAAAGGAUUGAUGUGAUUACUAUGCAGACCCUUGUGCUCCUUGUGGACAUCCAUCCCAGUGUAAGAGAGCGAUGUCUAGAAGAGCAAAAGAGACGGAGACAACGAGCAACCAAGAAGAUCAGUACAUUUAUUGGCACUUUUAUACUUUGUUUUGCACCGUAUGUAAUCACAAGAUUAGUAGAAUUGUCAUCAAUAGUUCCCAUCAAUGCUCACUGGGGAGUUAUUUCCAAGUGUCUGGCCUAUAGUAAAGCUGUUUCAGAUCCUUUUGUGUAUUCUUUGUUACGACACCAGUACAAGAAAACAUGGAAAGACAUAAUAAAUAAGAUGCUGAAAAGAGGCUCAAUAAAUUCAUCAGGUCUCACAAGUGAAUCACAAAGUCGAAAUUUUUUGCAAGGGAACGAAUGA